AUGGCUCACGAGGAAGAGCAAGCCUUUGAAAUCGAGGCGUUACAGUCGAUUUUUGAGGGUGAUGAGUUUAAGAGCAUUUCGGAGAAGGAGUUUGCGAUAAAGCUGCUGCCCUUCCCGGGUGGUGAGGAGGAGAAUCAUGUGGGCGUCUCAUUGCACGUGACGUACACAGAUGCUUAUCCUGAUGAGCCGCCAGAAUGGGAAUUGGAGGACGUCCAGGGCCUAAACGAUGAAAAGCUUGAGCUGCUCAAAGACCGGAUCAAGGAGACCAUUGAGGCAUCUCUAGGCAUGGCCAUGAUCUAUCCCGUGUCCGAAGCUUGCCAGGACUUCCUCAAGGAGAACAACCAGAAGGAGUUGUCGAUGCACGAGCAGAUGAUGCUGCGACAUGCUGCCCCGGAGGACGAGGAGGAAGAGGAGGAGGACGGCGAGGACGAAGAGGAGGAGGAACCUGAAUGGAAGGGACUCACAGAGAAGACUCUUUGCCCCGAGAGCGAGCGGAUUACCGCGGAAAGUUUUGCGGCUUGGAAGGCAAAGUUUGACGCAGAGAUGAUCGAAACCGGUGUCCUCAAGCGCGACGAAGUUAAGUCAAGGAGUGGCAAGCUGAUCUUCAUGCAAGGCCAGGAAGGUGCGGAAAGCAAGAAGGAAGAGAACGGCUAUCCGGCCGGCGGCAAGUCCGACGUUCUGGUGUAUGAUGCUGCUUUGUUUGGAGAGGAUGAUGCCGACCUGGAUGACAUUGAGGACGACUGA